AUGGCUGCCCGUCUGUUUCUCUCCCUCUCGCUCCUCUGCCUCGCCGCACAGGCAGCGGCACGGCAACGAGUGCUGCUGUACACCUAUGCGCAGGGCUACCAGCACGCCUCGCGCUACGACGCCGCCGAGGCGCUCGAGAAGCUGGGCGACGAGCACAGCUUCAGCACGGUGCACCUCGACGAGCCGACGCAGCUCGAGGAGAAUGGCUGGCUCGACCAGUUCGACGCCCUCGUCUUCAUCUCCACCAGCGGCCAUGCCCUGACGCCGCAGGGCGCACGGAAUAUGCGCCGCUACAUCGAGGCAGGCGGCGGCUGGAUGGGCAUUCACGAGGCAUCGGACACGGCGUACGAGUACCCCUGGUACGGCCGACUCUGCGGUGCCUACUUCGGGGGACAUCCCUUCAUCCAGCACGCCGAAUUUGAAGUCGCGCCGGACCACGCCGACCAUCCCUCUGUCACGGCCGUGCCAAAGCAUUGGGACGUCUUUGGCGAGGUGUACCACUUCUCCUCCGACCCGCGCGCACUGAACCACGAGGUGGUGCUGACCGUCGAUCCAAGCUCCUACAUCUCCAACGACGCGACGCGCAAGGAGCUGAAUGCGAUCCAAGGCGCGCCGCAUCCGAUUGCCUGGUACAAGGAGGGCAAUCUGCUUACUGCCCCCAAGGGCUCCGUCGGCGGAGGCGUCGACGACAAGCCGGACACGAAGCGCUCCCAGCGAGGCACGGGUGGCGAUGGACGAUCGUUCUACACGGCGCUGGGGCACACGUCCGCCUCGUUCCGCGACGCGGACAUGCUCAACCACAUCCUCGGCGGCCUGCAGUGGGUGCUCGCCUCUCCCUCGAUUCGCAGCGCAAGCGCAGACGCUCCGCCCACGGCACCCGGCACGCGCUACGUCGGCGGCGCACCUGCCAUCUCGCCAAACGCCACCACGCCCGCGGCGACGGUCGGCUCGAACCGCACGUCGGGCGCCGCGAACGUGACACGAGUGGGCGUGCCGGACGCGGUGCUCGGCAAGGCUGGUGCUGCUGCGUCGCUGCGGCCAAGCACGAUGGCCGUCGGCACCGGAAGCGCACUGGUCGCGCUGUCGCUCGCAGGCCUCUUCGUGCUGCAAUAG